UCUUUUGCUGUUUUCUAACACAACACAACAAGCUGGAAAUGCUCCAGUCCUGCUGGACCAUUUUAAAAAUCUUAUUGAAAAUGUGUUAUGGGUGGUGCCAUGAAAAGGGUGAGAACCAGUGCUUUAGAACAUGCUUUCUUUGCCAGGCAAAUUGUAUUGUCCACGGUUUUAAAAUACAGUUAUUCUCCUCAUUUAUGGCCUAAAUAGGAAUCUUUUAAGGACAGGGCCAAGAGCAGAUAUCUUAAAUUCAAACGUUUUAAGGUGCUUCUGAGUCUGAGAUGCCUCCUCCUCCGCUGGUCUCGCCUGUGCGCUCUUGCCAAGGUUUCUCAUCUGAUGAGCGCAGACGGAACAGUGACUGUCAGUGGCUUUUCUGGAGAGACGGAGAGACGUCUGUUUUAUUUUGCUGACUCAAAAAACAUCCAGUUAGGGGGGCUGUUUACAACAGGAGACAGCAAACUAGGCUGGAGGUAAGCAUUCCCUUUUUCUGACCAUUUAUGGUGUUUAACAAGGUCGUAACCAAGACUUUUGUUAAAAUAAUUUGCUUUGAUAACCAGUUUAAUGAUGCUGGGUGACCAUUGUUUAUCUAGCAAUAUUCUGCCAUAUUUUUCGAUUUAAAUACAUUUUUCACAGCAGAUCAUGGAUUUCACCUGUAAGGCUGAAGAUAUUUUAAUCCACAAAUACAUCUGGAUUAACUGACCUCAUCCCAAGAAAAUCAUACAUUUCAAAAUAAUUGUACAUUUUAAUUCAAGUUAAUAUUUGUUUUUGUUUUUUUCUUAAACAUUUUCAUAGAUUGUUGCCAGUCAUGUCGUUCAAUAAGAGCUCAGAAACCCGAUACAGGUCAGAGGUCAGAGGCUCCAACACCACCUGCUGCCAUAAGGAACUGUCUGUCACAGCAUUCAUCAUCUCCAUGACUGUGGGCAUCUUCUCCAACAGUUUUGCUCUCUUCAUUCUGAUCAAAUCCUACAGCCGCCACCGCAUCAAGUCCAAGGCGUCCCUCCUGCUGUUUGCCAGCAGUCUGGUGACCACUGACCUGUUGGGUCACCUCAUCAAUGGCUCACUGGUCCUGCACGUCUAUCGCUUUCACAAGAAGUGGGAUGCUUUUGAUCCCCAUGGCAUCAUGUGCAGCAUCUUUGGGAUUUGCAUGGUUUUCUAUGGUCUGAGCCCCUUGUUUCUGUCAGGUGCAAUGGCUGUGGAGCCCUUUAUUGGAGUAACUAAACCUAUCUUCCUCUCAACAUUGGUCGCCUCCCAUCACAUUAGAAGGCUGCUUGGGCUCACCUGGCUUCUUGCCGCCCUGGUGGCUUUGCUGCCUGUGCUGCUUAGGAGACCCUACGAGGUUCAGAGCUCCAGGAGCUGGUGCUCCUUCCACAUGGAGCAACCUAAAGACUGGCUCGAUGUCCUGCUUCCUCUGAUCUUGGCACUUCUACUGUCCAUUGUGUGUAAUACUCUAGCAAGCUGUGCCCUGCUGCUGGGCAGACUGCGCCACAAGCACGGGUGCAGAGGCACGUCCUACCACCUGGAGAUGAUCUGCCAGCUGCUGGCUAUCAGGCUGGUGUCCUGCGUGUGCUGGGGGCCAUUACUGGUUCAUGUCAUCAUUCUGAGCGCUAGAGCUGAAGAUGAGCCAUCCAAUUUCAGUCUGCUGACAAUGGUGCGGAUGGCCACUUGGAACCAGAUCUUGGACCCCUGGGUCUACAUCCUAUUGAGGAAGGCUGUUCUGAGGAAAAUCUUCAAGUUGUUUUACAGCUGCUGGAGCUCAAAGCUUCACACUUUCCACCGCUGGCAGCGCAGCAUACUCAGCAGCUCAGAGGAGACAAGGAAAUCAUCACAAUCAAAUUGCCUCCACUACAACAGUCAGCCCCUGCCAGACACUGCCAUCCAAUCCAUCACCUGAGUUUUGGUCUGAAAGGUUUGAUCUGAACAGAAAACAGGAUGUUGCAGAAUUUACAUGUCACUGGGUUACUGUGCAGAGAGCAGUGCUGCUCUGAAUAAUGUGGCAUUAACAGCUCAUUGAGAAUCAUCAGCUCUGCUUUGUUGCAUAAGUGGCUCCUAACAUAGCUGCCUGAAAAUUCUAGUGCUUAUAUUUAAAAUUCAUUGCCUCUGUUUUGAAUGCAGCUCUAGAAUAAUAUUGUAACGCAUUGACAUGUAAUGCGUAUGAAUCAAUUCUGCACAGGACAACGCUUGCCUGAAAACAAAAAAUAUAUAUAUUUUAGUUGAUCUAUAAAGAUCAUGUUUUUUUUUAAUUCAUACAUUUUGGAUGUGAACAUUUCUGCUUUAUUCCAUUUCAAACAAUAGUUAUUUUAAGCUGCAGCAGAGUGAGCUGAUUGGUGUA